AUUUUCAUUUAUAUCAUUAGAUUUUAAUUUUACAAUUUAUAUUAUCUUAAGUAAACAAUUUACUAACUUUAUUUAUCUCUUAUUGCGCAUGUCACUCUUGAGCAAAUGUUGCUCGAUGGUGGUGCGCUGUGUUUUGCGUGCCGAUUACAAUUUGUUUUUAAAUGAGAGAAUUUAUUAAAUAUAAUGACUAUCAAUACGCUAUGUACUGUAUUUCGAAGACUAGCUAUUAAUUCACGUGGUAUUUUUCCUGUAAGAUGUUAUUUUAAAUACGAAGCUGUUUUAAACAAGGAAAAAAAUAAUAUUAUUUCAUUGGCUCAAAACAAUAAUGGCGAUAUAUGUAAAACUAAUUUAUAUUUUAACAUAAAGUUUGCACCAAGAACAUUAAAUAUUGAUUUUGAAUUACCAGUGAAUAAUAAUGCAUAUAAAAGUAUCAUUGAUAUUCCUAUUACAGGAAUAUCUAAAAUAGAAAAUCCAAAUAGAUAUUUGCCUAUUCAGCAUGAAUUACCUGUGCCAAAUAAAUCUAUAGAACUUCCUACAAUUGAGAAUAUUAUAGAAAAGCAAGCUGUACGUAUGAUAAUCAUCAGACGAAAAAAAAUGAAGAAACAUCAGCGUAAAAAGCUUAGAAAGAAAAUGAAAUUUUAUUGGAGAAAAAUAAAACAAAGAAGAGAAUUAUUGAGGGAAAGAGCUUUCCAAGCAGAGCAAGUCGCCCUUAUAAAACAGGCAGAAAGUUUUGAUCCUGUAAAAUAUGUAAAUGAAAAACUUAAAGAACUGGAUAAAGAAUAUAUACCAAAAACGUACAGAGGCGAAUUAUUACCUCAAGAAAUGAUAAAGAAAUUUAUAGAAGAGAAAAAACGUAAAAAAGAUGCCAGAAACAAUUUACCUAAGUUAACUUUGUAAACAUUAAUUUAUAUUAUAAUAAAUAAAAAUCUUAUGCAACUUAA